AUGAGCUGCCUGCCUCGAGAGCCGCUAUCCCAGCGCGGCGCUCCCGGGCGGACCCUUUUAGAGGUGACACCGCCCGCCCCCCCCCCCCCCGCCCCACUGUGUACGGGUUGCCAUGGCAACGGCCGCUCGGCCGGAAACGCGCUCCGAAGCGGAGGGUUCCGCCGUGAGACGGGGCGGGGCGGAGCGGAACGGAGCGGAGCGGUCGCGCACCUCCCGGGGCGCCCAGCUGCCACCGCCAUGCAGGGCUUCGUGGAGUUCACCAACCGCAGCCAGGGGAGGGAGAGGAUCUUCCGAGCCACUCAGUACACAUGCAUGUUGCUUAGCUAUGUCGUAGAGCGUCAUGCUGAUAACAAGAAGCUGGUGCUGAAACUCAAGCAGCUGGAAUCUAGCAUGAGCUCUGGCCGUAAAAUGCUCCGGCUGGGCAAUGUGGUGCACGCCUUGGUAGCAGCCAGGAAAACUACAGAGCUUCCCGAAGUGCUUCCUCGCAUCUGCCUGACAGCCUCCAACCUGACCCGUGCUCUGUACUUCUUCUGCGACAUGGUGCUGUGGUUGAAGAACGUUGGACUCCAGUCUGACAUCAAUAAAGCAAAGUGGCAGAACUGGGCUACCAAGUGCUACUACUUCUCACUGCUGAUGAACCUGGCCAGGGAUUGGUAUGAGGUCUCUUGGAGGCUGGAACAAGCUGUACAGGAAGAAAAGGUGAAGAACUGUUUCUGGGACAAACAACAUCAGCAGCUAAACUCUUCCAAAUGUAAUGGCUUGCAUGGUUUUCUCUUCCUGCUGUUUCAAAUACUCAGAAGUCACCCUCCUCUGCUGCUAGACCUGGUGAAGAACCUCUGUGAUCUCUCUGGUCCUUUGGACACACUGGGGAUCUACAAAACCAAUCCAGGCGUGAUUGGUUUCUGUGGGCUCCUCUCCUCUCUGGUGGGGAUCCUCACUCUAGCAAGCCCACACCUGAAGCUGAAGGAGUGAUGUAAGAGGAACUGCUCAGUGCGCAGUGAGCCAGCAGGUUUGAUCCUCUGACAGGUUCUUAUUCUCCACAUGGCACUUUAAAAAUGAAGAUGUCUCACUCUAACCUCAAAAUGAGUUUGUUUCCCUCCAGAUAAGCCACUUCUGCCCUUUGUCCUUCCCUGUGCCUUGGCAGAUGAGUUUGGUGCCCAACAGAGCAAAGGUGGAAGAAGGCAGAGUAAGAUUGCACAGACAGAAGGACUUGGAACAUGGCUGCUAGAUAAGGAAAUAUUGAUGAUCCUGUAUUUUAAUACAGCUUUAUGAAAUAGCUGCCUAGACUACUGUAGUAUGUGUAUGACUCAUAACUAAUCAUGUUUACAAAGGAAAGCUAGAAUUCAGCAAUCAAACGUUCCUAUAGCCAAAUUUUCUGUAAUAUGUUCAGACAAGUUAGAAACCGUGGUUAGAUAGCCUGAAGUAAAGCCUGAGUGUUCUGACAGGACUGGAUUGCUGGAUCCUGAUUUCUGUAGGCAGUGGUUUGAUGAUAACUGGAAAGUGGUGUCAUCUGAGCUUUCAGUGAUCCCUCUGUAACAUGAACAUGCACUGCUUACUCUGGACCUACAGUUUGGUGAGUGCCAGUUUACAUCUCAAGAAAUCAAAAACUUCUUUUCCUUUGAUUAUACAAGCCAAGAUGGGUUGGCCACCAACUAACUCUUCCAGCAGGCCAUGGCUGAGGAUUUUGGUGAAGAAAAGCAUGUGGGAAAUGCUGAUCUCAUUGCUGCUAAUGCUGUGAUUUGUAGGGAUCUGAGUGCAGUGAAGCUGUGAAUCUGGAACCUGUCAUAACCACUACCUUUCCCAUUACAUCCACACCUUAAUUCCUGUGAUUCCAAGUGAGCCAUUUUACAUUAAUGACAGUGUGAUAAGCAGCUUGUGCUGCUGUUUUAAUUUUACUUGAAAAAGUCCAGUGUAAUAAGGAGCUUUGGAACCUGCAGUUAAGGAGAAAAGGCCGUCUUGGAGCUUGUCAAGUAAGAAAAGCUGCAAGGGUGUUUCCAGUUGAGUAAGCUCCCAGAGGGAAUGGAGUCACACUUGAUCAGAUAUCAGAACGUCCUCGAGAAGAGAAGCUUAUUACCUGGAUUUGGGCAUUCACGUUUCAGAUUUUCUUUCCUGAUUCUCUUAUUCUUCCAUCAUGACAGCAAGAUUUCUUGUGUGUUCUCUCACUGGUUCUACCGUUUGAAAAUGCCUUUUGUUUGCCCUGCGACUGCGUAACUGCUCUUCAGUUUUCUGGCUGGAAUGAUUGCCUGGGUUGUGAGCGAGGUUAGAGGAGAAAUGCUGUGUCCAGCAGUCUAACAGCUUACACGAUGUGCUGUCUUUGUUGCUCCUGACUUUGCAGAGGAUCAGUUCUAACACCAUCUGAGAAAAACUUGCACGUGGCAUAGGACACAAAAUUAUUGCUUUUCUUCAUCAGUGCCAGGCCUGUGUGUUCUGUUGCUUUCUGACUGUAAGGGCUGCUUGUUUAAUCAGUCAGGAGAUGUGAAUAGAGAUUAUCCUAACCAGGACCAACAUACUUGAUUAUGAUUUCUGAUACUCUCUGUAAACAGAAUUAAAAGGUGCCAGUCACCUUUAUUAAAGGAGGAGGCUGUGGAACUGAGCAGGCAUGGAAAUGCAGUGUCCCAGUUUACCUGAAGUCAUUGUGGUCCUGCUUGGAAUUACUUCCACUUUGAACCUGAAGCGUUAGGCUGCCAAUGAAGUGUUUGAAAAUAGAGGUUGCUGAGCAGGGUAAUUAAGUGUGCCUGAAGACCAAAUAUAGCCUGUAGCAGCUCUUCUUUUUAAUAUGGAAAUGAAUACCACUAAAAGUAGAGCACUCUGCAGGCCAGGCCAUAAUGAAUGCGUUGUUGUCUUCAAGGGUUUUUUCUUGCUACUUGUUUAGCAGUUGGGUUUUUGUUGUUGUUUCUUAGUUUCUUCAUACAAUGUGCCUUUGAGUUGCUGGCACUGUGUGGCCAAUCCCUCCCUUGGUCAGAUUUGAGCAUUAUCCCAGUGUCAGCAACCGGUAAGGAAAGGAGAGGAGUCUUGGUGAUGUAUCAGCAGAGCCCUGGGCACUCUUUGCCUACAGAAUCUUUCUUCUUGCAAGAGCCACAUUAAGAAUUGCUCUCAGGAGACCUCUUGGGUACAAAACAGAUCUUACACUGGUCUGCAGACUGAUUCCUCUUUUUCCUAUGUAGUUCAUAGGCAAGGGGGAAUGGAUUCACACACUGAUGUGGCCCUGCCUAGAUGCACAUCCCUGUGCCAAGCAAACGCUGUGCAAAGUCACAAAGCAGACCUUGGUGUUUCUCCUGGAGGGGCUGGGGUGGCUCAGCAAGUACAGACUUAACCUGGGACAUGGGACAGUGACUUUUCAGCCUUCCUCAGCCUUACCUCCAUUUGGCGUAACACGGAUCAGAGCAUACAGGAGUAACUUUAGUGGAUGUGAAGCACUAAUACUGCCUUUCUGCUCCCCUGCUGGGGGCUAGCAGUUUAAUGUACCUUAAUGUAAUGUGACUGAAGCCAUAGAAUUGCAAUCAAAUGGAGAAAAUCCUUUUAGUGCCUUUUCUGUGUAUGUUCCUCAUACAACAGUUGGAAUAAGGAGAGCUGUUUGAACACAAGCAAUAAACUUUGAUGCGUAUAACACUGCAUCUGUGUGUGACUUUGAGGAUGGGGAAAAGAGAUUCUGAAGGAGUUCCCUCUCAUAUCACUGGGAUUUCUGAAGCUGUUGCAGAUGUUUAAUGAUGAAUUAAGGGCAGAGUGAAGGAUAGCACCUCCAGCUGAGAUGGGGAGAGAUGGAGAAGGGAUAACCAGUAAAAGCGAGCUCUUGCUGGUAGCUCACUGCUCUUACUGCUUACUCCUAUCCCCUGCAGCAAGAACUUUACAAACGUGAAGGCUCCAAAAUGUCAUUCCCUGAACAACACACAAAGCAUUGCAUUCAGCAACAAUUUAGCAAGAGUUUCCUUCUGAAUAACUGCUCUUACACUCAUUUC